CCAUACACGUAACGUACCUGGCCACCACGAUCUCUCGAUCUCUCAGCACAGUCGAACAAACGGUGGCAUUCAACAUGAUGCGAGGCACGGUGUUGGCUUUGGGCCUGUUGCUCGUCCAAUUUGCUGCCACAGGUUUGGCCGUUAAAUGCUAUGAAUGCGAUUCCGAAAACGAUUUGAAUUGCGGCAGUGAAUUUCAAGCUGAAGAUAUUGCCAAAACCGAUUGCGAUGCCGUUGAAUUGCCUCAGGAAAUACGCGAAAUCUAUAUACAAAAGCCGGACACCGCUUGUCUGAUCAAAUACUAUCGGGAUCUGCCCGAUAAUCCGCUUUUCGUGCGUCGUUCCUGCACAUUUGGAGAUUUCUCCGUCUGUGACGAACAACCGGAUCCAGUGAUGCCGCAUCUGAGUUUUCUGGGCUGUCAAUUCUGCCACACAGAUCUGUGCAACAAUGCCGCAAUUAUAAAGCGAUCCAUUGUCAGCGUAAUGCUGUUGUUGCUACUCGGCAAUUUACUCAAUUAACGAUACAAUUUGAUGAAUACUUAAUAGUUUUUUUUUUCAACAUUUUUCAGUUUAUUUGAUUUAGUUGUUUUUUGUUUUUAUACAUCCACUAAAAUGAUUUAACAUACAUAUAUUAUUAUAUAUAUUUAUAAUAUAGAAUUGGGGCAUAUUCAAUUAUAUUCUUCUUGUUUCUGUAUGUGUGUGUGUGAGUGUAUGUGUCAUUAAAUAAAAUACAAAUAAUAAUAAUAAUCAUAAAAGUAAACAACACGUUCUUUAAUUCAAAUAGCAAACAUCGCAUCGCAUCGCAUAGUUCAUAAAUAUGUAUGUACGUAUGUAUAUAGUAUAUUUAUUUUUUGUAUAUAUCAGUAUUAAUAAUAGUAUUUAUAUAUAUUGUUGUUAUCAUCAAUGAUGCAUCACUAGAUGUACCAUAUAAUGGUUG